AUGGCUGACAAUAUCCGAUUGAUUCUCCUUAAUUACGAGGCAGGCAAAACAAGCCAAUUGGCUGCGUUGAUCAUGGAGCCAUCCAUCAUCACCGAAAGUCUAUCCACCAUCCGCCGACAACUCGUAAAGAAGGACGCGAUGGACAGAGAAUUGUAUGGGGGUCCAAGAGAUUCACAGAACGAGACUGACAGUGUAGGAGCAGAAGUGUCUGAUGAUACACUGCUCGAGGAUUAUCUCCUCUGGAAUGGACAAAAGAGACCUAAGAAGAAAGAGGACAAGAACCCAACUGGCACUGACAGUACUGAGGGACGCGCUGAAGUAACUACUGAAGGAAAUGAUCACGCCGCAGGUAAACAAGAUGACAAGAAAGAUGAGGGAGUCAGUGCUAUCACUCCCUCACGACUUGACUAUUUCUCUAACAUUAUAUUUCUCAAGCCAACUCUGUUCCAUCUCUAUAUCAAACCAAAGAAGAUCUUUGGCGAGAUGAAUGCGGCCGUCAAAGCCUUUUACGAUGGGAAGAUGGAUCUGUCCUUAUCUUCAAAACCUUCCCUGCCUUCCGCCAAGGCAGAGAAAUUAUCCAGUGCUUAUUCUUCCUCCGCGUGGGCUGCGGGCGGCAGUCAAAAUACAACCUACGCUGCCGACAUGACUGAGAGAGAGCGGGCAAUCGUGAUGCGGAAUAACAACCUCCUUUGUGGCCAGAUCCCUCUGACUGACGAUGAAGGGAACAUUAUUGGUCUCCAGCCUGCUCAUGUUCCCGCCUUUGCAAUCAAAAAACGGGUUUUAUACGACUACGAUCUUCCUGUGUCCGUUAAAGGUGACGUGGAUAUGGAAUUUCGCAUUCCUCGAUAUCAGAUCAUGGAUAGCGCCAAUGUCGACGUGAUGGAGACACAAGACGCGUUACAAACUUCCAUGGCCCUCAGCGGAUUCAGUCAGUCGGUAAUUCAAGCAUCAGCAGGAGGAGCUAUUGCAGGUGUCAGCGGGGCAGUGAAGUAUGGCCAGACGAAACACAACAGCAAUGGGGCCGCCAAUAGCAAGUUCAAUGAUAAAAAACAAAUGUACAUUUCAUAUGAUUUCCCCCGCGUCGAGCUCUUCCUCGACGAGGACUCGCUCAAGAUCUCCAAAGAAUGCCAGGCCGAUCUCAACCGCUUGAGAGAACAUCGAACAAAGACGGAACUAGAGCGAUUCCAUAGGAAAUACGGCUACUGCUUUGUCCCUCAAGUGCAGCUCGGCGGUCGUCUUUAUUCAAUCGAAGACUCAGACAACUUCGGUUCUGCCUCGACGGUGGAGAAAACCGCCAUGUUCAAGGCUGCCGCGGGGGCAUCCAUCUCUGGCUAUGGCUUCCAGGCCGAUGGCUCAUGGAGUCGAGAAACGUCCAACAGCGACAAGACAGAGACAACUCUCAAGUUAAUAAUAUACAUAUAA